AGUUGGUUAGAACAAACUCACAAUAAUGAUAGUCCUUUGUGAAUGACACGUAUGAAAGUUUUGAAAAAGCCAAUUCAUAGCCAUUAGUCGGACUUAUUUUUUCCGUAAGGGAUAAGUAGCCUAUAAUUAGGGCUAACUCGAGAAGUCUAGGAGAAAUCAACUGGUGCGUCCAUUAAAGGGACAGCAUCGCGAGGAGAAAAAAAUUAAACAGACGGAUCAUUGUGGCAUUCCUAAACAUUUACGUUACUGAAGAAGAAUCGGAUGGCACAUAGUCUUUACUGUCUACUCAAGAAGAGGAGGAAAGGAUGGGGAAAGGAAUUUGUUCGAGACGACAGCGAAGAAUAUUUCAGUCUUUCCUACUUCUCAUCUUCGUCUGCGGGACGUUGUACGCCUUCAUGAUCUCAUAUGAGAUGCAUAAAGAGCUGAAAAAGACUGAGGCGACGGCUUUGAAGUACCAGCAGCAUCAAGAGUCACUUUCUGCGCAGCUGCAAGUGGUAUAUGAGCAUCAUUCUAAAUUAGAGAAAUCCCUCCAGAAAGAAAGACUUGAGCAUAAGAAGGCUGAAGAGGAUUUGCUUGUGUUUAAGCGGGAAUCACAGAAGGCCCUCAACAAAGAAAAGCAAGAAUCAACCUAUCGACUGAAUGCUCUGCAGACAGAGCAUCAAAUACUGAAGUCCCAGCAUGAAGACUUGAAGAUGCAAUACUAUGAACUUCAAGAGAAGCACCAAAAUCAAGGGCAGGAUCAUGAACGUGCUCUGGAUGAGCACAGGUUGGAAAUAGACAAUCUGCAGAGGGAGAAGGAGGUUGAAAUUUCCAGACUGAAAGAGAAUAUGUACAACCUUCAAGCGGAGAACAGUCAGCUGCGGAAAGCUCAUCAGGACAUCUACACACAGUUACUUGAUGUGCAGGAACAGCACAAGAACCUGCAAGCUUCAAAAGAUCAUCUCUCACUCACAUUACAAGACCAUAAAAAUGCACUUGUUGCCGCCGAGCUUCAGGUGGAAGAGCUGAGGCGAUUAAAGGAGAAUCGCAAUAAAGCAUCCAGUACAGGCCGAGAUGCUAAAAUUGAUAAAUUUGCAACUGAACGCACCCGCAGCUAUAUACUGAAGACAGUAGAGCGCCUAAAUGAGGAGCUGCAUAAUAAGCCCAUUCAGGUGGAAGGAUAUGAGGAAAAUGGAAAAGGGUUAUCCCCUCAAGGUGUGUUGGAAAUUGAAAAUAACAAUGCGACCAAAGUGGCAAUGAAGCAGCCUCGGCAAAUUGAUAUUUUUACUGAGGGAAACGGCAAGAAAGAGGAGAGAAGCACAUCAAAGGAUAGAGGAGGAGAGGAUAAGGGGAAAAAGGCAGUGCUGGAACAUUCCUUAUCAAACCCAGAAGAGCUGGGCAUUAACCCUCGCAACACGCUAAGCCAAAGCCCCGGGAAACAGACACAGACAGAGCCACUUCACAGAACCAAAGUACACUUUGAGGCUUUGGAUACAGUUAUUGCUGAGAAUGCUGUGCAAUCACACCAUGUUAUGGCUGGACGAGAAGAUGAAAAGGAGAUGCAAAAGCACAAAAAGGGGAUAGGAGAAAAAAACUUGAACUCUGUGAAUGAGGCCAACAACCAGAACGAAGAUGAAUUUGAAGAGGCAGAAGAAGAAACCGAGUACAAGAGCAAUGCGAAUAAGAUCAGGCCUGAAGAGGAUGAGCAGCUUGUGGUGGCAGGCAAUCCCGAGCAGCAAGAAGACCAGCUGGAUGAGCAAUAUGAGGACAAUGUAGAGGAUGAGACUCUUGAUGACUCAGUGCAUGACAGACAGAAGAGAGCAGAAGAGGAAGAAAGUGAAGAAGAUCCCUACAGUGAGCGUAAUGGAGCACAGGGCCAUGAUAAACUGAAUGAAAACCCAGGAGCUGAAACCGGUGCCAAUCAGAUGGAGAGCCUCCAAGAAAAACUGAUAAAAAGAGGAUGAAGAAGAUCUUAGGGAAAGAAAUCAAAAGCCUGAGAUGUGGAGAGAGCUGAUUCUACUGUCUGAUGAGUGGCUUUACGUGUCUCUUCUUGCAGAAAACUAAAGUACAUCAACUGUGAUCCCUUGUUUUUUUAAGUGACUACUUAUGCAAGAGCCUUGUACUUCCAAGUACAAGGAUUUGUUUAGCAUUCAUAUUUAAUCAAAGCAUUGUAUCUUUUUGAGCUUACUAAGGCAAUAUGAAAUGGCUCCCUGCUGAAUAAAAAUAAAUAAACUUUUGGUUUCUUAUGUCAGAGAGUAGCUGAAUGAUUUCUUCUAGGCAAAUACUAUUUAUUAUUUUUACAUUCCCUCAGUUCUGUACUUGAGAUUUGUAAGGUUAUUUUUUUUAUUAUUAUUACUCUUCACUUAUUGAAAGUAGUAAUGUAGUAAAAUGGAUAAGAAGUUAAAUUGUAAAUGAUUUUCAAAUGUUUCUUUUUACCUUUUUGUACUUUUUGCCUGGUAUAUCACUUUCAUCUCAAAACCUAAAGCACAUCUGGACUUUCCCUGUAAAGUAUAAAAAUAGUAUAUAUUAAAGCUGUAAAAAGAGCUCUUUAUUGUAUUCUGUUAUUAUCAAGUUAAAUUGUUAUGCUUCUCAGUAGGAACCUUAAAUAAUUUGACCAUGUGGACAUAAAAUGUACUUAUAAAAGAUAAAAAAUGACACUAUAUUUUGAAACAUUUACAUGAAGCCAAAUGUGGGAUUUUUUAGCUUUAUUAAAAUUUUGUUCAUGUUCAAGCAUUAUAGUUUUUUCUUCUCUUAACUGCUCAUACUGUUAUUUAUAUAUCUGUAUUUGUUUUUGCGAAAAAAAAAUGCUGUAUGUUUACUGAUUUGCAAAUAAAAAGAUUUUCAAAUAUUCCUACAGUAAUUUACAUUAUAUUCAAUACAAAGUAUGAGACUCAAUCAAACGCUUAUAGAAGGUACGGUCUGGUUGGUCAGGAGACGGAAGUCGUCAGCUUUCUCUAAGCUCUCACGCAGAAAACUUCCGACUUCCGAAGUUGAAAAAAAAAGAAACACAGAUACAUUUUGCUAGCUAAGCAUCAA